CAGGGCACAGUGGUCACCAAUGAUCAUCUGAUCUACCUGGGAAACUCCCACCCAACCAGCUGCUAUGCCCCGCCUCCAGGUCCAAGAUACCCUUGGCGGGUUAUGUCAGGCUCCGUUCUUUUGGGAGCAAAGCCAACAACUAGCUGCCCUGGAGAAGAAGCGGCAAGUGAUGUGAUGUGAAGAUACACGGAGACUGUGGGAGAAGAACUGUAUCACCUGACUCACUGGCUUGUAACCAAGAGCCUUCCCCCUGGGCUCAGAAUUUCUGUUGAUGGUAAAUUCUUUCCUGGUAACCUGUGCCUUCCUUUCCCUUGGAUGGCUUUUUAUUGCCACUUACGGAAGGCUGAGCCUCUGACAAAGUGUUCCCUUCUCAGAGACCUCCUUGCCUGCACUGUAAGGUCCUUCCCUGAGAUGGCUGACAGAAGGGUGGACGAAGAAAGGCUGAAUAAGAAAUUAAACUUCUCCUUUGGUGAAGAAGAUACUGAGAAUGGAGGGCAAAUGACAGCACACAGCACCGGCGAGGCCCAGAGCCAGAGGCCUGAGACCGAUGAGGAUGGGGACUUGCAGGAUCCCAAGUCUCCUCCCAGAGAGGAACUUUAUCCUCAGAACAGAAACAUGGAAAGCCCAGGUCCUCUUCUUUGGAGUCCAGCUUCAUUCCUCCCUAAAUGUCCAGAGACGCCAGUACCAUACAGCAGGAGCAGGGGGCCAGUGGCCGACAACCCCUCCACUCCCAAAAAUUCACUGCCUCAGCCAGAGAUGUCUUCGAUAGGGAAGCUCUCUGCCCGAAGCACUAAACAUCUGAGACUCACACCUGCUCCCUUCAUGGAUGAGAAGACCUCUUUGUCUCUGGUUAAUAUCAACCCAUUCACUCCAGAGUCCUAUAGAAAACUAUUCCUUCAGUCAGAGGGCAAGAGGAAAACCAGAGGCGAUCUUGAGGAAACUGGAGAAGGGGGAAGCAAACCGGAACAGUGGCUGCCUGCUAAGAGAAGUGUUCUACGAGAAACUAACAUGGCUUCCCGCUAUGAAAAAGAAUUCUUGGAGGUAGAAAAAAUUGGGGUUGGGGAAUUUGGUACAGUCUACAAGUGCAUUAAGAGGCUGGAUGGAUGUGUUUAUGCAAUAAAGCGCUCUACAAAACCAUUCUCAGGAGUAUCAAAUGAGAGUUUGGAUUUGCAUGAAGUUUAUGCUCAUGCAGUGCUUGGCCAUCACCCCCAUGUGGUACGCUACUAUUCUUCAUGGGCAGAGGACGAUCACGUGGUCAUUCAGAAUGAAUACUGUAAUGGUGGGAGCUUGCAGGCCGCGAUAUCUGAAAAUGCUGCAUCUGGCAAUCACUUCCAGGAGCCCAAACUCAAAGACAUCCUCCUCCAGGUCUCCUUGGGACUUAAGUACAUCCACAACUUUGGCAUGGUACACCUGGACAUCAAACCCAGUAACAUCUUCAUUUGUCGUAAGAUGCAGAGUGACUCUCCUGUAGGCCCAGAAGAGGCUGAGAGUGAGGCUGACUGGUUUCUCUCUGCCAACGUGAUAUAUAAAAUUGGUGACCUGGGCCAUGUGACAUCCAUCAGGAAGCCCAAAGUGGAAGAAGGAGAUAUUCGCUUCUUGGCUAAGGAGAUCUUGCAAGAGAAUUAUCAAUACCUUCCCAAAGCAGACAUAUUCGCCUUGGGGUUAACGAUUGCAAUGGCUGCAGGAGCAGAGUCAUUACCCAUUAAUGGUGACAUGUGGCAUCAUAUCCGCAAGGGGAACUUUCCAGACGUUGUCCAGGAGCUCUCAGAUGACUUUUAUGGUCUACUCAAGAACAUGAUCCACCCUGAUCCAGAGCAGAGACCUUCAGCAGCAGCUCUGGCCAGAAGUCGAAUUCUCCGGCCCUUUAUGGAGAAAACAGAGGAACUCCAGAAGCAACUGAACUUGGAGAAGUCCAAGAUAGCCACACUGGAAAGGGAACUGAUAAAAGCUCAGCAAAUCCAGACCCCUCAAAGAUACAUCCACUAUGGUGAUCCUGGGACCUCUGGGAAGCAUGAAGACUCAAGAAGCAUAAGAGACAUGUGCCAUUUACUGAGGAUUUCUGGUGAAUAAUGAGAAAACAUGCCUCAUCAUUGAAAGAGGAACAGAAACACUAUUUUGGCCCAUGGACCAGGAAGGUGCCGUAACUUAUUCUUCACUGCGGAUCCAGGGAACUUUCUCUGUACAUAGAAAGGAAUAAAAUACAGCUUUAAGUACCAGCUUA